AUGAGCAGCAACAAUAACGACGAAGUCCUCUUUGGAGACGCUGAUGAGAAGGCCAAGGCCAAGGCUUCUAUGGGAACCAAUAAGGCUUCGGCACCUGGUGUGGUAGCUGUCAAUGAUGACGACAACGACCGUUCCAGCAGAAGCGGGGACAGCAGUAGGCGGGACAAGCGUAAGAGCAAGCAUCACUCUAGCAGCCGAAGCGACCGCAAUAUCUCUAGCAGCGGCAGGAGUUCCAAGUCUCCCAACCGAAGCAGCACCAGCAGAAGAACCACCAGUUCCAAGAGUCCCCAUAGAUCUUCUUCCAAUAAGCGAGAUCAUCGUGACCACCAUCAUCGUGACCACAAAUCAUCCAAGAGUAGAUCCAACGGCGAACGAAGCAGCAGCAAGCAUCAUUCCAGUGAUGGUGGUGGUGGUGGUUCGCGUUCCAGCAAGCGCCACAGCAGCAGUAGCAGGUCGCCCCCUAGAAGUGACAAGAACGAUCAUGCUGCUAAUACUGCUAAUACUACUACGAUUCCAGAAGUAGAUGUACCCAGCAAGAACGACAAACUGCUCUUUGGUACGGAUCAAGAUGUCAAGGCAAAAGCAGCUGGUGGUGGUGGUGGAAAAGCUACUGCGCCAGGUGUGCAACGGAUUGAGGAAUCGGCCAAACCUACUCAACCUGGCGACAAGGGAUACGUCGAAGAUCCUGUCUUUGCUGGCAAUAAUAACAAUAUUAAUAAUAGAAAAGCCACCACCAAGAGCAGCAAACGCAACAUGACACCUUCGGGCAUUGCGGUUGCAAAAGAUGGCGUCGUUACAGUCGACACGAAGAAGGAUGCGAAUGAUAUGGAUGCCUUGGCGGUUCCAAACGAUCCUCUCGAAAAUGACGACCAAGACCAAGAAGAAGAAAAGGCAAAGUCUAGACAGGACAAGAAAAAGGAAGAAGAGAAAAAGAAAAAGAAGAACAGGUGCAUUCUGAUUCUCAUCUUUGUCUUGUUGCUUCUCAUUGCCGCGGGAGUUGGUGUUUUCUUUGGACUCCGCAGCGGUGACGACGACGACAAUAUCACUGGCACUCAAAGUGCCGUGGAUCCCACCGUGGCACCUGUCGUUCCAACCCAACCACCUUCUGUCGCUCCCUCCAAUUCCCCGACAGAAAUACAAUACGAUCCUCCUAGUGAGGAAGAUUGCCUUGCCAUUUCGAGAAACGAAACCAUUGCGAGACAACAAGGCCUGGAAGAGGUUGACUUUGGCAUUGGCUUUGAUGUCACUCUGUCGGUAGCAGGUAAUAUUACCGGCCCCACAAUCAAAACACUUUUGGAUGCGAUUCAAGAGAAACUCCUUCCACCCUUGGUGGGUUGCGAUAAUGAUGAUGAUAUCAGUCGCCGACGCAACUUGAUUCGAGGAGGGGUCUCUAGGAGGAGGCAGCAAGAAGUCAAUAAUAACGAUCUUGACAACAUUCGAUAUGCAAUUCUAAAUGCCUUUGUCAAUGGUAAAGAAAAACCUGAUGUUGCCUGCCAGAACUCGCCGUCUCCUGAAAAUUGUCACCGGGUCAUGGUGGAUUUGACAGCUAUACUGAAGGGACCUGUCAGGAAACUCGAUAUUAUCCGUUUGAUCUCUGAAGAAUGGAAGAAGGGAAAUAAUUUGGUGGCUCCUUUGGAUCUCGGAGUCCCAUUUUUGGAAGUGAUCAUGUAUAACGUCGUGGAAGUGGAACCCACCAAUGCUCCAAGCUUCAUGCCCACGGAUCGUCCAAGUCUUUCACCAUCGGGGACUCCCUCGGAGAUGCCAUCGGCAAGGCCAUCAAAUGUUCCAACCUUUGUGCCCUUUCCGGGAUCCACACCACGUCCAACUCCAUCACCCACACCACCACCGACGGGUGUCCCAUCAACUGCCCCAACCAGAAGACUUACUGCUGCUCCGUCCACUCCUGCUCCAACACUAGCCCCAAUAGUUGGACCAACACUUCCACCCACUCCGGGACCAACGCUGCCGCCAACCCCUGUACCGACAUUGGUAUCCGGUCCAACCAAUGCUCCUGUUGCGGGAUCGACAUUGGCACCAACAACAACUCCAGUGGUUGAAUCGACGCCAGCACCAACUUUGGCCCCAGUGGUUGAAUCGACGCCGGCUCCUGUAUCCGACCCAACCACUGCUCCAGCUGGAGUAACUACACCCGGACCAACACUCACACCAGCGCCAACACCGGCACCAACUUUGGCUCCAGUGGUUGGACCAACCCCUCCUCCGACGGCGGCGCCGACAUCUCCACCAACGCUGUCGCCCUCCAAAUCACCAACGGUUGCACCGAGUGCACCUCCAACAGUCACACCAAGUCUGGUACCAUCUUCCAGUCCGUCCAAACAGCCAAGCAAGAAACCAACCCCCAGUCCAACAACAGCAAGACCAACGAAAAAUCCAACUCCCACACCAACAACAGCAAGACCAACCGGGAUUCCAUCUGCCAGUCCAACAAUAUCACCUGCCCCUACAGAACGACCUGCAAUUAUUUGUAUCGGUCUUGUGUGCGUCUAA